UUCUCUCUCACUCCUUUCUUUCUUCUCCCCAAAACAAAUACCCUUUUCUCAUAUUCCCUCUUCCUCCUCUCCUUCUUCCAUUCCCACCAAAAAGUUCAAACCUUUUUCCCAUUUCCUUCUUUUUUUUCAACAUGGGCUUCUCCCACUCCGACCUCGAACCCGAUUCCAAGAAGUGGGUCAUCGCCGGAAUCGCUCUCCGCCCGCUCAAGCCCAUAAACACCAAGCGCGUUGGCGGCGAAGACGGCGACAACGGAGAGGCGCGCUCCACCACGCCCACGGCCAAGGAAGCCAGGAUACCGGAGAAGCUGCCGUGCCCGCCGGCGCCCAGGAAGCGCCGCCCUUCGCGGUGCGGGAACACCGUCAGGGAGUUCUUCACUCCGCCGGAUUUGGAAACGGUCUUCAAGUGCCAUGUUCAGAAAGCCAAAUGAUUUCGCCUCAUUCAGCUACCAAAUGCAUGUUAGAAGAAGAAAAGGGGUGUAUAGUGUUUGCAUUUGCUCAUCAAAUUUGACUUCUCUAAAGGAAGAGUUAGAAAAGGAGUAAUUUCAGUUACUGAUUAGUUACUCGUUUCAGCAGUGAGAUACACAAGUACGAGGAUGUGUUGGAGAUGUUACAUGCACAUACAUAGCAAAUUAUGUGUGUGUGUGUGUGUUUGUGUCAGGCCAUGGAAAUUACUUUGUUUAUAUUUUAUUAGAGGAGUUGUGUUUUUGUUCUAAAUGCUUGUUAUUCCUCUUUCUUCUUUUCCUUGGAUGAGGAACAAGAACUCGUGUAUAAAGUUUCAAGGAAAAAAAAUGAUAUUUAGAAGUUAGAUAAGAGUAUUAAGUAGUUUUUUUUUUUAAUAUUUUUUUAUUAGAGGUUAUUAUGUAGUUCUGUUUUUGGUUAAUGAGAAGCUAUGAGAUGAAUAUUGAGAUUUUGGCAUAUUUGGGUUACAUGUACAUGGCUGGUGUGUUGUUUCUGGGUUUGUGUGCUUUCUAUGCGCUGUUUUCAGUUUUCACACUUUUGUGGUGCAAUAUUUAGCCUUUUGAAGAGGGUGUGGUUUUGUGCAGCUUUUGUUUCUGUUUUUGGGAUGGGAUGGUUGGUUUUCUACUUUUGUUGCUAAAUCUACUUUUCGGUAAUGGUGGUUGCGUUGAGGGAGAGAGA